GUUUGUAUAGGAAGAAUAGUGUCAUGGAUAAUGCCCUCGUACCAGAUCAGGCCACCGAUUGAUCCUUCACUCUUAAGCCAGGAUCCUACACAGGUGAUACAAAACUAUAGGGAAACUCAGCCGAGGUUACUUUCGCAAAGAGUUCUGGGAUUGUUACUAAGGACAGAGAAAAAGAUUGGCCAAUAGCUGACCGGCGUGACCCCAGUAACAAUCCCAGAAACAAUCGCGGGUCAAAUAAAAUUCCAAUAAAAUUCCUUUCUCGUUUCUAAAAAGGCGAAUAACACAACUGAAAACUGCUCUCUUUUCCUGAGUCAAAGGAAAGGGACUUUCGUAUGCAUUUUAUCCGCGUUUCCGAAAAAAAUUUCCACGACUUUCGAACAAUGCCCAAAAUAUUCAGGUGAUUUCUGGAGGUUGCCGAAUGACGCAGUGUCCAUUCCCUCAAGUCGAUCGCGACACUCGACAUUUCGUACCACUGACUGGAAUAUUUUGGGUGGAGAUUGAAUACAAGUUUUUCAGCUUAAUGGUUUAUGACAAGUCGUUCGGAAUUGUGAGUCAUGAAUUGAUGUUUUCCAUCCUUCGUGAUUGUACAAUGAACUAGUAUUGUUGGUGGCCGGCGGUUCUUCGAGGGUCAUUAUAUCCUGUUCAACUAAUUAGCCAUAUGAUUAUACCCCCGAUGGGGGAGGGCGGGGGAGCUACUCAACAACGUUUUAUGUGGUUAUGUACCACCUCGAGACUCCUUACACAUUUAUCGUUGAAGGAGCUCGUCGUGUUUGUUUAGGGUUGGAUCCUCCCCAUAAAAAUUUCAAUGUCACUCAAUUCCUUGUACGAUCCAUUUAGUAACCAAACGUUUUACAGAAAGUCGAAUUUCCUUGAGUAACGGGCGUCCCUCGCGCCUUCUACUCUCUCGCGCUUUACUUGUGGCAAGUCUGGGACUUCAAUAACACAAUGCACCUUGUUUAUUACUAUUGUUUUAGGUUGAAAAGUAUGCCAAUGAUAGCCUAAACUGGCAUGAGGGAAUGAAAGUUAGAUGAGUGGGAGCUAUAUUAGACGCAAUGAAUGAAAUCCAGGGGAACUUGUCAAGGCUUACAACAUCUUAUCUACUUGUCCAUGGUGAUGGAGAUCAAUUAGUGAAGAUUGACGGUUCACAUUACUUACAUGAGAAUUCUCCCAGUAACGACAAGACAUUUAAGGUACACGAAUGAGCUGCUUUGCUAACAGCACUGAGCGAACUAAUAGCCUCUCUAUGGGUAUUUCCGACGAAUAGUUCGGGCGCUUGACGGUAUAUCAUGAUGCUUAUGUGGUGUUAUUGCCCUGCCCGUAGCCUGUGUGGAAGCUCUCCGGGGCGCUCUGGCGGCGAGGCGGGAAAAGGAAGGAGAGCUUGCAAAUACGUCCCUGGAAUUUGAAUAUCUGCAUCGAAAAAGUCGAUGCGAAAUGCUGAUUGGCGGAGAUGGCAUUAGUAGCGUCAUUACCCUUGGCACGUGUUUUUCAAUGUUUGUUUAUAUUCGCACUCGUUUCCGCAUCACGCUCAUUGGCGGAAACGUGACAGCUCAGUCGACGGAGAGCCAGGGGAAUAUUGGAGGUGGAAUUCAAAUUCCAGAGACGUAGUUGCAAGCUCUCCUACCUUUUCCUGCCCUGCCGCCAGAGCGCCCCGGAGACCUUACUCGCAGGCUACCCUGCCCGGGGUAGGAGUUUCGGCCGCUUUUUUUUCCAAGCGUAAUCAUUGUGAACUUAUCCCAACAACAGUCGUGAUUUGAGUUAACCCCCACGAGUGACCAAUAUCAAUUUUCUCCAUACAAUUUCAACACAUUUUUAAGAGAAAAGGUUCAUAGAAUUUAUAAAAAUAAUAAUCACCAAAGAGGAAAUGCUUUUAUUCAUCAUCAAAUUCUCGUCUCCAAGCGGGAGUCUAAAGAAUAAUAUAGAGUUUUCCCACUUUGGCCCAUUUUCCGUCGCUUUGUCAUUUUUAACUCAUUAUUAACACAACUGCUUGUAAAACUUGCUUUGCAGGUGUACAAGAAUGGCCGCCAUGAACUGUUGAAUGAGGUGGAAGAAACUGCGAGCGUGGUUUACAAGGACAUUCUAGACUGGAUCCAGCAAAAACUAUCUUGAAGUGUUUAAGGCCGAGUUUUACACGAAUCCAGACUAAUUUUUAAAACUGCAUGACUUUCUAUCUGGAUUCGUAUAGACAGGGCCUUAAACCACCCCGGAGAGCCGUUUCAAAAAGAUAGUAGGCUGAUUUAGCAAUGGAACGGGAACGUCAGUUGACGACGACGCGCGCAA